CCACGCACGACAACCCAUUCCUUCCUCUCGCUGUCCUGCCGUGCCCUGCCUCCCUUAUCCAACAAGCGUAAUCGAUCGAUCGAUCCAUCCAUGUCUCUGCAUCCGGGUAGUGGGUACAAAUAAGCUGAGGCCUUCUCGCGAGAAAUCAAAACCGUAUCACCUCACACUCACAGCAGUUCGGCUGACCAUGGCGAGAGCGGCGGCGGCGGCGGCCUUCGUCUUCGUCUCCCUCGCCCUCCUCUGCGACGCCAGCCAAGGCGAAGGGGCGGCGGCGGCGGCGGCGUGCAGGGCGGCGGAUUUGGUGGUGAGGCAGAGGGCGACGGGGCGGGUGGUGGAGGGGAAGCCGGAGUACGCGGUGGAGGUGGCGAACCGGUGCCGGUGCGCGCAGUCGAGGGUGGUGCUGCGAUGCUACGGGCUCAGCAGCGUCGAGUCGGUGGACCCGCGCGCCAUCCGCCCCGUCGAUGACGAGCGCUGCGUGCUCCGCGGUGGCCGCGUCAUCCGCCGCGGCGCGCCGCCCGUGCGCUUCACCUACGCCUGGAUGACGCCCUUCGACUUCCCCCUCGUAAGCUCGCAGGUCCACUGCUAGUGCUUAGCUAGCCUAGCAAGCACUGUCACCCACUCUAUCAUCAGCUCGUCGUCAAAACGGCAGAAGCGAAAAUGAAUUAGCUAGUGCAGAGUGUAUCAUAUGUAAACCCCAGUACUGCACCGUGUUAGUGCUGGGUAAUUUCAAACUUCUGAUAUUGUUUUUGGUUUUGGAAAAAAGAAGGGGGAAGCAGUGGAGCACCCUCCAGAACUGUUUGUGAUCAACUAAGUUAAAAUCAGACCAUCAAUUGCACUUA